AUGGCCAAGACUUACAAACCAAAAUCCUACGAAUAUAUCUCUUCCCUAAAACCUAGAUUCACUCAACGUGUGGACAAUGUUUUCCACCACGACAAAGCCUUCACUUUCUCUAACAAGAUUGUUCCACAAGAAGGUACUCUAGGUACUUCUGUCAUUUACUCUCAAGGUUCUGACAUUUAUGAAAUGGAUUGUGCUUUACCUCUUGGUACUGAAUCCGAUGCUAAACGUCAACCACAAACCGAAUAUGGUGAUGCCUUCAAGUCUGUUGAAGGUAAGCCAUUGAGCCCCAAGUGGGUUUACCAAGGUGAAACCGUCUCUAAGAUGGAAUACCUAGGUAAUGGUAAUGAAACUACUUUGUUGGCCAUGUCUAAGAACGGUUCUUUGGCUUGGUUCCAAGAAGGUGUCAAGGUCCCAGUUCAUAUUGUUCAAGAAAUGAUGGGUCCAGCUACUUCAUACGCUGCUAUGCACUCUCACGUUAGACCAAACAAUUUGGCUGUCUCUGACUUCACUUUGUCCUAUGAUAACGAAACUGUUGUUAAGUCUCAAAGUAAUGGUUCUGAAGAAGACAGUAUCUUAAAGAUCAUCGAUAACGCUGGUAAGCCAAGUGAAAUUCUACGUACCAUUCACGUCCCAGGUACCACUGUUACUCACACUGUCAAGUUCUUUGACAACCAUCUAUAUGCUUCUUGUUCUGAUGAUAAUGUCAUUAGAUUCUGGGAUACUCGUACUGGUGACAAGCCAUUGUUUAUCUUAGAAGAUCCAAAGAACGGUAGUUUGAACGCUUUCGAUUCUUCUUCUGUCUCCAAUAACUUAUUUGUUACUGGUACCUCUACCGGUUUUGUUAAGUUAUGGGAUAUUAGAGCUGUUGAAACUGCAACUACCGAUUUGUCCAAGAGACAAAAUGGUGAAGAUCCAAUUCAAAACGAAAUCGCUAACUUCUACCACAAGGGUGGUGAAGCUGUCGUUGAUGUUCAAUUCUCUUACACCUCACCAUACGAAGUUGCCACUGUUGGUGGUACUGGUAACAUUUACCACUGGGAUAUGGAAUACGCUUUGUCUAACUACGACGAUGAAGACACUGAAAGAGUUCCUCAAGAUGCUAGUGAAGAACUACAAACUCAAUCUUUGAGAUUCCUACAUACUGGUGGCUCCAGAAGAAACCCACAACAAAAGGGUAAGAGAAACACUGUCGCAUGGCAUCCAAUUGUCGACGAUGUUAUUGGUACCGUCGACGACGACAGUUUGGUCACUAUCUACAAGCCUUUCUCUUUAGAAGAAUCCGCUUAA